AAUAAUGAUGAAAAUUCCUCUUCAUCAUCAUCAUCUUUAGAUUUAGAUGAUACUACUGCAGAAGAGCAGCAAGUAAUCUUGCAAAAUAUUCGCAUGAACAACUAUAUGUUGCAAUAUUUGCAAGAAUAUCAAAAUAAUGAAGUUUUCAGAGUUGGCUCUGUUCCAGGUCAUUUAGUAAUCAAUCGAGAUCGUGAAGCAGCUGAUAAUAAUUUAUUUCUCGAUUAUUUUUCAGAUAAUCCACCCUAUAAUGAUGGUAUGUUUCGUCAUCGAUAUCGGAUGUCUCGGAAUUUGUUUCUUCGUAUUGUUGAUGCAAUUAAAGCUCAUGUUACGUACUUCGAACAACGUGCUGAUGCGAUGGGUAGAUUUGGUUUAUCUAUUGUACAAAAAAUCACAGCUGUGUUUAGAAUGUUGGCAUACGGCUUGCCAGCGGAUGCCGCUAACGAAUAUGUGAAAAUUGGAGAGUCAACUGCAAUUGAAAGCAUGAAGAGAUUUUGUCGAGCUAUCGUAGAGGUUUUUGGCCAGCAGUAUCUGAGAUCACCAACAGCUAACGAUGUUGCAAGGCUUCUUCACAUCAGUGAGCAACGUGGUUUUCCAAGAAUGCUAGGUAGUCUAGAUUGCAUGCAUUGGAGAUGGAAAAAUUGUCCAACAGCAUGGGUUGGACAAUAUGCAGGUCGUAGUGGAUCCCCACCAAUAAUUCUUGAAGCUGUAGUUGAUUAUGACCUUUGGAUAUGGCAUGCAUAUUUUGGUAUGCCCGGCACCAAUAAUGACAUUAAUGUUUUAGAAUCGUCACAUCUGUUUUCCAAUCUUGCUAAAGGUAUUGCUUCUCCUGCCCAUUAUGUUAUUUAG